CUCGGCCUUUCGCUCAUCUCGACAGGCAGUAUCCAUCCCCUUGCCGAUAUGUCUCGCCAGGCCAUCAGCGACCACAACCCAGACAUCUUCACCAUCAUAUGUCUCAACGACGCCUUCCAGCUUGCCCUCGACCACGCCACCAUCGCAGCUCUGCUCCAGGUGUGCAAACGGGCCAAACCGUUCUUGAGCUCCAGGGUGGCUCGUUUUCGCACCUGGUGCCAGACGGCGGAGCUGUGCCGCCCUGAUGGGCAGCUGCGGAUCGGCCUCACUCCCAGCGACCAGAUCGCCCUCUCGUUGCGCUACGAUGAUCAAGAUAUCACCGACCGAUCCUGGCUCGCUUCGGAGGCAUAUCGGGACAACCCCACGGCCUCGUACUUUCUGGCUUGGGUCAUCGAAACCAACGGGCGCAACUGGGGCCCGUUCAAGCAGCAUAUCAAGGAACAACAAAUCUUCCGCUGGUUCAAGGAUGCAGCCCGCACUGGCCACCCGAUGGCACAGUUCCGCCUGGCUGGAUACUAUUACCAAGGCCGCGGCGUCGGCCAGAGCCACACCAAGGCCGUGGAGUUGUACCGAACCCUUGCAGAUCGAGGCAUAUCCCAGGCCCAAGUUGCUCUCGGCUGCUGCUAUGAGAAAGGCGAAGGAGUCGAGCGAGACUUUGACGCAGCCAUCGAGUGGUACUCCAAGGCUGCCGAUCAGGGAAAUAACGAUGCUCGACACCUGAUGGCCGUGUGCCUCAUCAAUGGAUUCGGAAUCCCAAGUGACGCAUAUCAAGCAACAAAAAUGUUUGAACAGCUCGCCAGCGACGGCCACAGCCCCAGCCAGUUCUGGGCUGGAAUUUGCUACGUUAUGUGCUGGGGAGUGCGGAUGAACUCCCGCAAGGCAUUCGAGUGGUUCAGCAAGUCAGCAGCGCAAGGCGAUUCGUACGGGCAGUGGCUGCUUGGACGCUGCUACCACUAUUAUGGACACGGAGUCGCCGUGGACGAAACCAAGGCAUUCGAAUGGUAUCGCGAGUCGGCCGAGCAGGGCAAUCGGUACGGACAGUACUGGCUCGGUGUCUGCUAUCGAGAUGGUGUUGGCGUGGCAGGGGACAGCGACACCGCUAUCGCCUGGUUCCGCAAGUCCGCCGACCAGGGUUUCCAGUGGGCCGUCAACAGGCUCGGGGAACUCUGUGAUUAGACACGAAUAUUUCACGAUUUCCGCGCAGCAGCCCCAUGCAUCAUGCUCGGACUGGGCCCAUCCAAUGCAACAC